AUCCAAGUGACAAAUUCGAAACGAGAUCUCAUCCGGGAUUGCGACGAUCAUUCACAAGUUUGUAAAUAGUAACGGCAUAAUUCUCAAAUCGCAAGAAAAUACGUUGAAAAGAUGGAUACGUACGAUGUAUUACAUUAAUUGAUCUCCCGUCGUUCGGAUGCGUAGCCGAAGGUGAAAACGUUCGUGUGUUACAAUCUUAUCUAUUUGUAUCUCCUUGGAAACAUAUCGACUCGUAUCGGGAACGCUGAUAACUUGAUAAAAUCUCGCCUUAUCUCUCGACGCGAGAAUAAAAAUGCGUACGUUACUUUUGACUGGUACAACGAAUUUUCUGAAAUGUGUUAUGCAGCUAGCUCGAAAGGUAGCACAAGAAUCGGAAGGAGAGAGGAAUUCACCGUGGAUCGAAGCUUCACGAUUUCUCGUGGCAGCUUCGUUUGUCCCGGUCGUUCGGCUAAUAUUUGAACUUUGUCCGACGCAAUUAACACUUUUCCUCGUCGCAAAAAGGACAAAAAUACUUGAGCGGUGACACUGUCGAGAAGAAAAUUUGUCACUAAGAAUUCAUACGUCGAAAGUUGACUCACGCUCCGAUAAUCGCGCGCCUUCCUAUAAUCCGUGUCGCAUUAAUUUCAAUGCUUCGUCUCAUUAGUAAGAUCGGCGCUAUUGUUCUCACAGCGUGAAGCGACAUGGAAGUUGAAUAAAAAUUAAAAUUCGAUAAAAACGUGGUAAAGAAGGAAAAAAGUGACGAAACACGGAAUCUAAACGGUCCUGGCUGCGACGGACGUAUCGCAGCUUUUGCGAUUGAACCUGUGACUCUCUAGGCCACCUAUUUAUAAGUACAAUAUUUGUUUAUCGAAGAAAUUUAUGAGUUUUCGCUCGCGUAUGAACGAUCUACGGGCUCUCUCUCUCGUGGACCUUCGAGUUUGAGAGCUACAUCGAAUCGUAACGGUCGAGUGAAGAUUAAAAAAAAAAGAAAUUGCUUCGUCAGUCUCAACGUUCUUGUUCGUGAAAAACGUUUUUCGAUAAUUAUUAUUCGGAAAUGAAGGGUCGACGAGUCGAAUGGAUUCUUCGUGGAGAAAAUAUCUGAGAUUUUGCUCGUGUCAUCACUCGUAAAUGUUUCGCAAAAAGGAUAAUCAAAAUCUUCGAACUAGCAGAGCAAGGAUUUUUCAAUGAAAUAUUUCUCGUCGAAUGGUAUGCCACUGAAUAUUGGAAUUUUGUGAAUAAUUAUUUUAUGAUGGACGGAAAACAGGCGGAAAAGGUAUUGUCAAUAUUGUAUUCGUCUGCUGUCAUUUUAUCAACGGUCUCGGUCGCAUCGUUGCUCAUCGCGUGGCAACAUUGGGCCUGGACACUCGAUUCGUGCAUCGACGUUUAUUGCGAAUGCAUCCUUUACGGAGUCAACACCUUCAGCACAUUUAUGGGCGGAGAUGUUAAACUCUGCCAUUUUGGUACUUACGGCCUUGCACCUAUCAUACUUGUGGGCUUGAUUUUGGCUUCUUAUCACGGUUACAGAACUUGCAUCGAUCGAAGUCUCGACAGACCUCGACGCGUUUCCCGAACCACGGCCUAUUGUAGUAGAAAUAGCAUCGACGGGACAGUCGUUAUAGUAACCUCCAAGGCAAGGACUCCCUGCAAGCAAUGGAUGCCAGCAGCAUUUUUAGCUGCCCUACUCUCCUGCUUGUCCUUAACACAUGCAGUGAUUCUGACCGAUGGAUAUUAUAGGACUUGCGAUCAGUACAGAAGAAAUCUUAUUCAGAUUCUUGGGUCGAGGGGUCGAGAAGUUCAGGUAAUUCAUAACCGCCUGAGUUGCGGUGCGAUUUUCGACUUUAUGGAUUAUCUUCAUCCGGAUACGAACAACUGGAUUCGCGGAGACGAGAUAAACACAGGUGUUUCGUUGCAGUUAGCCAUAGUGACGAGUUGGCUGAAUUUCACAACGCUUACGAUCAUUUGCAUAAUAAAUUUGAUAAUGGCACGAAAGAGGCAUAAAAGUUUAGGCGAAAAGUGGUGCUGCUGCUUCUGACAGGAAGACUGGUUAAUAAAUAAAGAGUCUGAUCGAUGCACACAUUUCUAAUUGAAUCACAGUACAAUACGAUUUUAUUUCAGCGCACUUCGCUGCUCUCUUUCUUUCUCCCUUUCAUUUCUUUUCGUUUUUUUACAAUUUAACGAUAAAGUACACUUCGUUAACAUCCUCGUUCGUUAAUGAACAAAGCACGUUGCAACUUAACAUACAUGAGCGAAGUUCGUUAGAAAAAAUAAUUCACAGAAAUAGACUCUCCGAGGGGAGAGCGCUUCAUUUUUUUGUAUUUUGUUAUUUUACUUAAGUUUCACAAUAAUUAUUUUAUUUUAUACGAAUAUAUUAAUUUCUCUCUGUUCUGCUUUGUCUUUCUCAUCUCAUCUUUUCUUCUUCUUAUUCUUUUAUCCUCAUUUUUUAUUCUUCUCGUAAUUAAUACCGUGCUAUGUAUAAUAUGUAUAAUUGUUAUAAAUCUCCAAGAAUAAUUACGAUCGCAAAUCCCAUUCGUUUACGAAUAGACUGUUCAACAACAAAAUACAA